AUGCCGCUGAAAGCAUUUUUAAUCAAUAAACUUGAUCAAACAAGAUUCCGUCUUAAUGGUGUUGUACCAUCAUCACGUUUGCCGAACAAAAGACAACUAUGCCAAACGUUUCGUGAUCAUAUACUUUACAGAGCUGAACAACUUCCACCCAAAAUUGAUUUACGAACCGACAUGACGGCUGUCGAAGAUCAAUCGCAAAUUGGCAGUUGUACGGCAAAUAGUUUAGCCGGAGCUUACGAAUAUUUAACAAAGAAAGCUAAUGGUCGUGAUAUUGAUGUUAGUCGUUUAUUUAUCUAUUAUAAUGCUCGAGUAAAAGAUCAAAGAUCAGAAAAAGUUAUAGAUUCAGGUUGUACAAUGACGAGUGCUAUCGAAGCAUUAGAAGAAUUUGGAACUUGUCUGGAGUCGAUUUGGCCUUACGAUAUUUCUAAUGUCAAUGUACAACCAAAUGAUCAAGCUUAUCGUGAAUCAAUAAGCCAUAAGAUUACAGAAGCAUUGCGAAUUAAUAUUGAUUUGCAUGAAAUGAAAUCGUGCCUUGCACAAGGGUUUCCUUUUGCAUUCGGUUUGAUACUAUAUGCUUCAUUCGAUAAUGCGAGGACGACAGGAGUUGUGCCAAUGCCAAAUCAAUCGGAAAGUAGUCAACAAUCAUAUGGAAGUCAUGCUUUAUUAGCUGUCGGUUACAGUGAUCAGUCCCAAGCAUUUAUUGUACGAAAUUCGUGGGGAGAAAAUUGGGGUGAUAACGGAUAUUGUUAUAUACCUUAUGACUAUUUGACAAAUUCUAAUUUAUGCUUUGACGUGUGGACUAUACGUAAAAUAGCAACGGAUAAUUUUAGUCGAGAUCAUUGGGAUAAUCGUGAUACAAUAAAUUAUGUAGGAAUUAAUCGAAAUCAUAAUUUCAAUGAUCACAAUCGAAUUAUUGAAUCUAUUGAAGAAGGCGAUGAUGAUGAUGAUGAUGAUGUUGACGAUGAUUCUAACCAGUCUUAUAAUUCAUAUCAAAAUUAUAGAGGAUAUAGAGAACAGCGAAAACAGCGUGAUGACUUCUAUCAGGAACCAUUCACAGGCUAUUCUGGCAGAGACAAUUUUUCGUAUUCAUUUUAUGAUCAAUAUCAGCGAGACGAUCCGUUUGGUUUUCGUGGUGAUUAUUCUAAUUUCGAUUCAUCUCGGAAUACAACGCCGAAUUUCUUUAGUAAUCCAUUCAUACCAUCGCCAGCAUUUCCUGCCUAUCAACAAUAUGGACAAAGUUAUGGUUAUACUAACCCCUAUACUUAUGAUUAUAAUUCAAAUUUUUAA